GGGAAAAUGGGUGAUGGGCAUCGAGGAAGGAACUUGUUGAGGAGAGCUCUGGGUGUCGUAUGUAAACCAAUUUGACAAUAAAUUAUAUGAAAAACAAUAUAGAUAUAUGAAACUAAUUCCAGCUGUAUUGUAUUUAAAUGGAAGAAAAUGGCAUAAUUUCUGGAAGAGAAGGCUGUAGAAUUUCAAUCAUAUGAAAAUAAAACUUCAUUUAUCCAUUCAGUCCUUCAACAAAUAUUUAGCGAGCAUUUCCUAAAUGUUGCCAAGGACUAUUUUACACAGUAGGUACUUCAAAAACAAUAUAAACUGGGGCGCUUGGGUGGCUCAAUCACUUAAGCAUCCAACGUUGGCUCAGUUCAUGAUCUCAAGGCUGAUGAGUUCUAGCCCCGCGUUGGGCUCUGUUGACAGCUCAGAGCCUGGAGCCUGCUUUGGAUUCUGUGUCUCCCUCUCCCUCUGCCCCUCCUCUGCUCACAGUCUAGCUCUCUCUGUCUCAAAAAAACCAAAUAUUGAAAAAAAUUAAAGAAGAAAAAUGAAGAGCCGCUUACACAAGGAGGUCUACAAAGGUACGUGACACAUAAGAAAUAACGUCCAACCUCAUUAGACAAAUGUCAACAACCAGAUACUCUUUUGCUUUGGUCUCUGCGACUGCCAGAGCUUCAGAGAAAGCUGGCAGAAAGAAAACAUAUUUCUGAGUACAUGUUUGCAUAAUUCCGUGCUGUGAAACUCAUCAAAACAAAUGAAAAGAACCCAAACUGGAAAAGGAAACUCCAACCAGCUCCUUCUGGAAGGACCCGAGGUCGAUUACACGUGUCCCCACCCCCUCUGGAGGGCACAGUUUUGACAAAAUAGAAAAAUGAUUUCUGGAGGAUUCCAGUGAAAAAUCCUUAACUUGGUCCAUUCUGGACUCUUGGAAGUCACAAGUGCAGUGGGACAGUGACAUGCGAGGAGAGGAGGUGUCACAGGGGCCUGCUUACAUCGAGGGCCCACCUGAGCUCAGUGCACGCUACGUGGAAUUGGAAGUGAGUCCGGUUGUUGUCUGGACCGGUCCCCAUCAUUCACUCGACACACGUUUCUGAACCCUGGCUUGUACAUGUGUUCCUGGGUGAAAGGAAGGACAUUUGGGUUAGCAACGGGGAGGCCCAGGGGGGUUGCCUUAACUGUAAGCAAUAACGGGUUCUUCCACGUAGCAGAUGUAUGGGCCUUGAGCCACACAACUCACGAAACCAAGUUGGCACUGAGAAGGUUCUUUUUCUCUGCAGGCACUCGGGGCUAAGCGUCCAGGCAGGCGCCCUCUGGCAUCUUGGCUUGUCCCUGGCUGAGACAGGAGCUUCGGUGAACACUGGUGGCCUGUGGUCUCCUGGGUGGAGUAGAUUCACGGCCUGUGCUGGCCAGAGCCCAGGAGGUGGUUUUGGCAGCUUCCUGUAGCCAGCAGGUGCUUAGAGCUGAGGAGCUAGCCUGCAGCAUCUAUGUGGGGCUGCAGCUCACUGCUUGCUGCCCCCACCCCUGCCAGCCUGGGCCCCGACAGCCCCCUCCUCCCGUUCGCUCUCGUCUCUCCUCCCCCCCCACUCGCCCUGUCCACCUCUGUGUUUUCCAUACUGUUAUAGUUUCCUUUUCAAACAUGAAUCUUUAAUCCAGGCAGAAUUUUUUUUUUUUUAAACUAUGUGUGCAAUGAAACACAGAUUCGCUGAUUUGCUGAGCUGCCUCUAGGCUGCAGGCACUGUUGUGGCAUUUUAAGAAGAUUUUUCUGUGCACUGAACCUCAGAUAUCUUAUAUCUAAUAACACAAGACACCAGGUUUCCCAAAUUCCUCUAUUUUAGGAAACGGGAGGAUGGCUUGCUAGACUGAGCUCAUUUAAAAAAUGUUAUUUAAUGCUUGUUCAUUUUUGAGAGAGAGCAUGAGUGGGGGAGGGGCAGAAAGAGAGGGAGACACAGAAUCCGAAGCAGGCUCUCGGCUCCACGCUGUCAGAAAAUUUUUUUUAAUGUUUUUAUUCAUUUUUUCAGAGACAGGGUGUGAGUGGGGGGAGGAGCAGAGAGAGAGAGAGAGGGAGACACAGAAUCCGAAGCAGGCUCUAGCCUCCGUGCUGUCAGCACAGAGCCCGACUCAGGGCUCGAACUCACAAACCACGAGAUCAUGACCUGGGCCGAAGUCGGACACUUACCCGAUUGAGCCACCCAGGCGCCCCUAGACUGAGCUCAUUUUUAUAAAACUGUGCUGAAUUUUCUCAUCUCCUGGACUUUGUAAUCCAAAUAUGUACUCUCCCACAAUCCGAAUCCGAAUUCUCCUCAUUCCUUUCAUUUUUUUGGAGCACUUCAGAAUCCGGGUGCACCAUCCUUACACAUCCUUCUGCCAGGUAAUCUGCUCUACGUAGAGCUCAUCUGAAGCGAGCACUCCCCUUGCCUCAUUCCUUUCUCUGCGGCUCGCUCUUGGGGCUUCUAAGCUCGGUGACCUACAUGUGACCCACAUAGCUGUGGUCAGUUCACAGCAGCCUCUGAUGUCACGGCAGCACACGUUGAAGACCCAGGCUCCCAAGGCCUGGCGCAAGCGCUGGUUCGUCCUCCGGCGGGGCCGCAUGAGCGGCAGCCCGGACGUCUUGGAGUACUACAGGACCAAGCACUCGAGCAAGCCCAUCCGUGUGAUCGACCUCAGCGAGUGUGCAGUGUGCAAGCACGUGGGCCCUGGCUUCGUCCGGAAGGAAUUUCAGAAUAACUUCGUGUUCAUUGUCAAGACCGCUUUGCGUACAUUCUAUCUGGUGGCUAAGACCGAAGUAGAAAUGCUGGUGUGGGUGUACAGCAUCAGUCAGGUCUGCAACUUCGGCCAACUGGAGGAUGGUGCGGAUUCUGUGGACAGCUUCUCGCGCAUGCCCCCAUCCCUGCAGCCAGCCCCUGCCAGCUUCCUGCCCGCGGCCCACGCCGUCAGCUCCUCCUUGCCGAGUGACAACCUGAGCACCAACACCGGUGCCACUGAGGAAAGCAGGAGUGAGUCCGAGUCUCUCUCCCUUCCUGAUUAUCUGAUUCUGUCCGACUGUGAGACCGGAAGACCACGUCACACCAGUCUACCCACCAGAUGUGAUAGCUGGUCAAACUCAGACCGCUCGUUGGAACAGAGUUCAUUUGAUGACGUUUUUGUUGACUGCCUGCAGCCCGCGCUCCCCAGUAACUUGGUCCACCCCUCACGCCAUGGGAAUGGAUCUCAGAAGGUGCCUUCCACGAAGCCUCAGGCUGCCCUGAUAUGGAGUAGAGAUAUCAAUGGGCCAGCCAAGGACCACUUCUCUUCAGCAUUGCUGGAAACUUCCUUAAAUCCCACCGUUCAGGUAGAUAAAAACCAAGGUUCCUUGCCCUGUGUGGUAAAAGAACCAGACAUUAUGUCCAACGUGCCACCGCCCCGCCCCCCUAAGCCAAGCCAUCUCUCUGAACGGCACCAAGAAGAACAGGUCGUGUGGAGUGGGCAUGGCGGCAUCAAGAAGCCAGAGUGCACUAUGGCAGCGAGAAGAAUCUCUCUCUCUGGUUUAGAUAGCAUGAGAACCUGGAAAGCUGAUGUAGAAGGCCAAUCCUUAAAACACCGAGACAAGCGGCUUAGUUUAAAUUUGCCAUGCGGGUUCUCCCCGGUGUACCCCACAGCUUCAGCCAGUGCCGAAGAUGGCUACGUGCCCAUGGGCCCACAGGUGGCCACCUCUGCUCUUAGAACCCACUGCAGCCAUGAUGACUACAUCCCCAUGAGCCCAGGGAGCAUCUCAAGCCCGCUGCCUGAGCUACCUGCAGACAUGGAGCCUCCCCCAGUGAAUAGAGAUCUCAAGCCUCAGAGGAAACCACGGCCACCCCCGCUGGACCUGAGCCACCUGUCCACCAUCCGGGAACACACAUCUCUAACCAGGACCCGCACUGUGCCUUGCAAUCGAACCAGAUUUCUCUCUCCAGAAAGAAAUGGUAUUAAUUCUGCAAGAUUUUUUGCCAAUUCUGUUUCCAGAGAAGAGGAAGAAAGCUACAUCCACAUGAAUCGCAGGACGGCCAAGUCCCUAAGCAGUGGUGCUCUGACCUGGACAAAGAAAUUCAGCCUGGACUAUUUAGCGCUGGACUUCAAUUCUGCGUCACCAGCCCCUAUACAGCAGAAACUCUUCCUUUCAGAAGAGCAAAGAGUGGACUAUGUCCAAGUGGAUGAACAGAAGACACAAGCCCUCCAGAGCACGAAGCAGGAGUGGACGGAUGAGAGGCAAUCGAAAGCGUGAGAUACAUGCUUGGGCCAUGUGUGGGGCAAGGAAGCCUGCGGCUUGCUCUGGGCGUCUUUUGCCAGGGUUGCAGUGAUGGUCCAUGCAGGCCAGGAAUCAGAGAGAGUAUGUCACUUCCGCGGACUCGGC